AUGUGGGGUAUAAGGCUCCAAUACCUGCAAAAGCAGUUGACACCAGCUCGAACUCGAGCUCUUUCAAGCUUCAGAAGUCAUACAUCUCCGCGCGGUCCUCGCGAUAGCAGAAAAAGACCAAAUGUCAUACCGACUUCGAGGAAAGCUGAAAGCUCGCAACAGGAUGAGUCUGCCCCCGAGUCUCAAGAUGCCACGAAUCCCAAUUACGACCCUUCGCAAAACACUCUACUUUCUCCCGUUUACCUACCUGAAGACCCACGAGGGGUGCUUAAAGAAACCCACCCGGCAAUUUCGAUACUGGCGAAUUCAGGGAUAGUUGUACAACGAGAACUAGAGAUGAUGAAUGUUCUGAUUGGGUUUGAGCAAGCGAAUAGGUACAUCAUCAUGGAUGCACUAGGAAAUCACAUUGGAUAUAUGGCAGAACAAGAUAAGGGAUUGGCGAACACAAUGGCACGGCAAUGGUUGCACACCCACCGAAGUUUCGUAACACAUGUAUUUGACCGAAACGAAAAUGAAAUUCUUCGAUUCAAUCGCCCGUUUUCUUGGAUCAACUCCCGUAUUCACGUCUAUGAUCCUCUUGAGCAAACGCCAAAUGCCUCCUCCGCAUCCACCUCCCUUCAAAGCACCACACCCGGUUCUCUCAUUGAACCUGGCACUAGAUCGAGUGCAAGAAUAUCCCCACUUGGUCUUGGUCAAAUGCGAGUUAUUGGUGAAGCGCAGCAGCAGUGGGCACCGUUGCGGCGGAAGUAUAAUCUCUUCACCCAUCACCAGUCCCCAAACCCAGAAACAGAUAUGGGAACCCACAAUGUCUCGCCAUCCGACUCCGGUUUGUCACGAGCGCAGCAGAUGGAGCUGGUGCGAGGAUCAGAUCAAAACCAGGGUCAAUUCAACCAAUUUGCCUACGUUGAUGAGCCUUUCCUAUCAUGGGAUUUCUCCCUAAAAUCUGCAGACAAUCAGUUGGUUGGAUCCGUCAAUCGCAAUUUCGCAGGUUUUGCGCGUGAAAUCUUCACAGACACUGGUGUUUACGCAAUACGAAUGGAUUCCGCUGCUCUCGGCACCGGGACAUCACCUGGCAACAAUGGUCCAGGGAUGACCCUUGACCAACGGGCUGUUAUGCUGGCUACAGCUGUAAGCAUUGAUUUCGAUUACUUCAGUCGUCAACACGGCCAUGGUAUGUUUGGCUUUCCGAUUCCAUUUAUGGGCGGUCAGGCUCCCGCUGGCGGUGCAGCUGCCGGAGGCGGUGCCGCUGGUGAAGCUGGAGCUGUGGGUGAAGUUGCCGGUGGAACUCUUGAGCGAGUUGGAACCGCCGGUGGUAUGCCGAAUGGUAUGGUUGGAGGCGCUACCACCGCAGGUGCAAUGGCUGGAUAUGAAGCAAUGCACAGGGGCAACGCAACCGAUCCAAAUACCCCAGCAUCGGAUCCGGCUGACCCAGGCCCACAAGGCUUCCAGGAUGAACCUCAAGAUCCUUGGGGUCAAGAUGACCCUUGGGGUGAUGGAGGAGGUGACAUUGGUGAUGGGGGUGAUGGAGAUUAUUUUGACUGGUGA